AUGUCAAAUUUAGAUAGUUCCUUAGACUCGGUUUUAAUCCAACUUGGUGAUUUUGGAAAGUUUCAGUCAUUUAUUUUUGGAUUAGUGUGUUUCGCUACAAUUCUACAUUCAGGAGCUUAUGUUGCAUUUGUGUUUACUGCUAGGGAUGUUGAGUACAGAUGUGAAAUCCCUAAAUGUGAUACAGAAAACUCCCCCUUUGAUCCACCUUGGUUACAAAAUGCUGUCCCAUUUGAUGGUAAAGUUCCAGACAAGUGUAUAAAAUAUGCAAUUAAUGGUACAGAUGAUUUUGCAAAUUGUACCGAAACUAGUAAUUUUACCACCAAGGUAGAAAAGUGCAAUAAAUUUGUUUACAAAACAAGAGAGAAAAGUAUUUUACAAGAGUAUAACCUUCACUGCGACGAUAACGUGUGGAAACUAACACUAGUUGGCACCAUUAACAACAUGGGUCAAUUUUUAAGCAUGUUUAUUUCGGGAAUUAUAUCCGAUAAGUUUGGUCGCAAAAUCGUAUUUAUCUUGGGGCUAAUAUUCUGUAGUAUUUGUGGAUUAAUUCGCACACAAGCUCCUAGCUACAUUUGGUUUUUAGUAUUUGAAUUUCUGGAUGCUGUUUUUGGUGCAGGCAGUUACGUUUGUGGAUUUAUCUUGGGUGUUGAAUUGGUAGGACCAAAAAGAAGAAUUUUGAUUAGCACACUUCUAAGCUCUUCCUACACUUUAGGAGAAGUUUUCGUUGCAGGUUUGGCUUGGAAAUUCCAAGACUGGAGACUUAUUAUCUACUUUCUAUACGGUCCUCCGUUGUUUUUGUUUGCAUAUUUCUGGAUAAUCCCAGAAUCGAUUCGAUGGAAUUUGAGUAAAGGGAAAAUAGAAGAAGCCAAAGAAACACUAAAACGAGUUGCAAAAGUGAAUGGUAAAGAAAUAUCGGAACACUCCUUAGAAAAACUAUUCAAAGUGAGCCAAGUCAAAACUCAGGAUUCUUUCUUUGAUGUGUUUAAAUCCCCGAUUUUGGUUUGUCGACUUGUUGUUUGCUUUUUUUGUUGGAUUACUUGCUCCUUUCUUUUCUUUGGCCUAACACUGAAUUCCAUAGACUUGGCGGGGGAUCCUUACUUGGAUUUCAUUCUAACUACUCUGGUAGAAAUACCAGCAUAUUUCGCUUGUAUUUACCUUGUAGAUAAAUUAGGCAGAAAGAGGUCACUUAGUGGCUCCUUUUUUCUAACUGGCAUUUCCUGUUGCCUCUUCACAUUUAUUCCAAAAGGCUCUCCAAAUGUAAGUCUUUUUUUGUGGUUGUUGGCAAAAUUUGGUUCCACAGCUGCGUACACAGUGAUAUUUGUAAUAACAAGCGAACUGUUUCCAACACCGUUGAGACAUUCUUUAGUAGGAGCAUGCUCGACUUUUUCCACAAUUGGUUCAAUGGUGGCUCCCCAAACUCCUCUACUGGCCCAAAUUUGGGACCCUUUACCCACGAUUUUGUACACCAUCAUGGCUGUGAUCGCAGGAUUUUUAACACUCCUGUUUCCUGAGACAAGAGAUGUGAGGUUGCCAGACACCAUUGAAGAAGCUGUUCGCAUAGGGAAAGGCAAAAUGCACAUUUGAGGGCUCAUUGUGA